AUGGCCGACAAUAUCAAACCAAACUCAAACAAAAGACCAGCUUCCAUCCCUCCUGAAGAUCUCAGAGAUAGCAAUGGAUUUAGAUUGAGAAGACAAGCAAUAGACAAAACUUCAUUGACUGCGUACGAACAACUCGGGGGGGACAAACAUUCAGAUCUGAUAAACAUAUUGAACAAACUGAAAACAAUAUCAGAAGAAGAGACCGAAGGAGCCAGUUAUAUUAUAGAUGGAGCAUUGAGAAGAGUUCCCCCAUAUUUUUUCACCUAUUUGACAUUUUGUAAAUUACGAUGGAGAGACAGACCUUUACUUGAUAUUUUUGUUGACGAGUUCCGAGACAAAGAUGCCGACUUCUACAAGAAAGCAAUUGCUUCAGGUCAAGUGACUUUAAAUAAGAAACCAGCUGACUUGGACACUAUUGUCCGUAACGGAGAUUUGAUAAGCCAUAGAGCCCAUAGACAUGAACCAUGUGUAAGUUCAAAAGAAAUCAAAAUCAUAUUUGAAAAUGAGAAUAUAAUUGCUAUUGAUAAGCCUUCUGGGAUCCCUGUCCAUCCAACUGGAAGAUACCGAUUCAAUACGAUUACAAAGAUUUUUCAGCAUGAGUAUGGGAAAGUGGUUCACCCAUGUAAUAGGCUCGAUAGGUUGACCAGUGGACUUAUGUUUUUAGGGAAAACUUCCAAAGGAGCUGACGGAUUUGUUCAACAGAUAAAAGACCGAAGUGUCAGAAAAGAAUACAUUGCAAGAGUUGCAGGCUUAUUCCCCGUUGAAGAAAUUACAGUAGACAAACCUUUGAGAACAAUAGCGCCUAAGUUGACUUUGAACAGAGUUGAUGAGAAAGAAGGGAAGGAAGCCAAGACGGUAUUUAGGAGACUAUCUUAUGACAAAAAGUCUAAUACCUCCAUUGUUAAGUGCUUACCUUUAACAGGUAGAACCCAUCAAAUUAGAGUACACUUGCAAUUUCUUGGACAUCCGAUUGCCAACGAUCCAAUAUAUUCAAGUGAAUACGUCUGGGGCCCAAACUUGGGUAAAAAUAACGAAGGCAAUACAGAUGAAAUAGUGUCUAAGCUUGAUGGGACUGGAAAAGAUAGAGCAGUCUCAACCUGGAUUCAUCCAGAAGGUGACGGUGAAGUAAUGACAGGCGAGAAAUGCACUGUUUGUGAUUCACCAUUAUACACAGACCCCGGGUUCAAUGAUCUUGAGCUAUGGUUGCAUGCCUAUAAAUAUGAAGCUGCCGAUAAAUCCUGGUCUUAUAAAACGACAUUCCCUGAUUGGGCAUCGCAGAGUACAAAAGGGUUCAUGGAAUUAGCACUUGAAGAAGCAGAUAAAUGUGGAGAGACUCAAACUCAGUUCAAUGUAGGGGCAGUCUUGGUGCACGAUGGUGAAGUCUUAGAAACUGGUCAUACCAGAGAACUCGAAGGUAAUACCCAUGCUGAACAAUGUGCGUUAGAAAAGUACCAGAAAAGAACCAGAAAACCUCUACCAAAAGGCACAGAAAUCUAUACCACCAUGGAGCCAUGCACUUUUAGGUUGAGUGGAAACUUACCUUGCGCUGAUAGAAUCUUGGAGACGAAUAUUUCUACUUGUUUUGUAGGAGUAUCAGAACCAGAUGACUUUGUCAAGGACAAUAACAGUGUAAGCAAGUUGGUAUCUCAUGGAAUUGAAUAUAUUCACAUACCAGGGUUCGAAGAACGAGCCAUUAAGAUUGCCAAAAAGGGCCACGAUAAAAUAGAAACUGAAGGGUCCUAGAAUUUAAUUUGACAGGUGUUGCAUUUGUGCGCUUAUAGACAUUUUAUAUAGCCGCUCGUCUUUGAUGCAAAAUAAAUAAAACAAUAAGAA